AAUUGACAGGUGCCCGUUGUCUGAUAUGGGAAUACCCAGUCACAUGACCAGUUUCAGCCAAUCAAAGUAUUGAAAUUACACUUGCGCCGAAAGGCUGCGCGAAGGGAAAGUAUUGACAACAAAAAUGCCGUCGGAGACCCCACUUUUACAAACUGAGGUUGAAAAACCUCAACAUUUCACAUACUUAAAAGAGUUCCGUACACAACAAUGCCCACUUUUCUUGCAACACAAAUGUACACUUCAUAGACCUUUUACUUGUUUUCAUUGGCAUUUUUUGAAUCAAAGGAGACGCCGACCGGUGCGAAGAAGAGAUGGAACGUUCAAUUAUAGUCCAGAUAUAUACUGUACAAAGUAUGAUGAAACUACUGGAAUAUGUCCGAAUGGAAAUGAUUGUCCAUAUCUACAUAGGACAGCAGGUGAUACAGAAAGAAGAUAUCAUUUACGAUACUAUAAAACUGGUACCUGUGUAUAUGAAACUGAUCCUAGAGGACAUUGUGCUAAAAAUGGACCACAUUGUGCAUUUGCACACGGUGCAGCCGAUUUACGCCCGCCAGUAUAUGAUAUACAUGAACUUAAAACUGUUGAUCAAAUAGACCUAGAAAAAGUUACAACCCUCUCAAGUUCACCUAGUAGCUUAGAAAAGGAACAAAUUUUAGCUGAAGAUCCUAAAUGGAAUGAUUUCUUUUCUUUUUCAGAUACAAAUUAUGUAUUACAUUAUUAUAAAACUGAACCAUGUAAAAGGCCACCAAGAUUAUGUCGACAGGGCUAUGCAUGUCCGCAGUAUCAUAAUACGAGAGAUAGGCGUAGAUCUCCUAAAAAUAAUAAAUAUAGGUCUACUCCUUGUCCGAAUGUUAAACAUGGUGAUGAGUGGGGAGAUCCGUCUUUAUGUGAAAAUAAUGAUAACUGUGCAUAUUGUCAUACUAGAACUGAACAACAAUUUCAUACAGAAAUAUAUAAAUCAACUAAAUGUAAUGAUAUGGUUCAGAGUGGUUAUUGUCCGAGGGGGCCAUUUUGUGCAUUUGCUCAUGUAGAACAGGAAAUGACAUCUGAAAGGGAUGUAGCCCCUUCUAGUGAUAAUUCUUUAGCAGCAUUUCUAACUAAUGCCUUGCCUAACUCGGGUAGUGGCUCUGAUAAUGGUGAAAGCAAGCUCAAUGCAAAAAAGUUAUAUACAGAUCAGAAUGGUAAACAUGUGAUAAGUAGUAAUGUAAGGUUACCUGAUCCUAUAGGUAAAGAAAGGACAAAUAGUACUAGUUCAAGUUUAGGUAAUGGUAAUAAUUAUAUAGGUAUAAAUCAUUCGAAUAGUAGUCCGUUACCAGAACCUAUAGGUAAAGGUCGAUCUAGUAGUGUUUCAAGCAGUAUUAGUUCAGAUGUUGGUAUGCCAUGGACACAAUAUUUAAAAGCACCAGGCAGUGAACGGGAUGACUAUCAGGGAUUAUUACGGAAACAGCUUCAAGCUAUAGAUAGUGAUCUAUCAAUAGAUGCUAAUGAAAAAAAUAAACGGAAACAAAAUUUGAUACUAUUACAUAAUAUGAAUGUGAGUAAUACUGUACCAAGUGCCUUUAAUACGUCAUCAGUUACAUGUAGUCAGACAGGAACAGUAGCAACAGGUUCUUUGAUGUCUGCUCUAGCUCCAGCAUUUUAUCCCCCAGGUGAUACAGUUGAAUCAGUUAUUGGUAAAGCUUUAGAUGAUAUUAGCUUGGAUGAUUUUGAAUUUGACAAUGAUAAUAAUUCUGUGAGUAGUUCUAUAAGUUGUGGACUAUCAGCAUCAGGUUGUCUCGGUUCGUCAUCAAUAUCAGGACCUAUAGGUAUUCCUCCUAAUAAAGUACAGCAAAGAGGUAGUGUAGGCAGUCUCUCCCAGUCUCCCCCGUCACCGUUUGGUAGUUUCGCACAUUCAAUGGUACCUUUACAUCAAUUACAGAAAGAUGAACAAUUAUCAAGUCCAUUUCUUGGACAUCCUAGUAGUAGUAAAUAUCCCAAUUCUUAUAGUGAAAUGAACUCUAUGUCACCUCGUAGUACAGGACCUCAAUCCCCUAUGAAUUAUGGAUAUACGAAUAAUAAUCAUGGUGGAGAAAUGUUAAGGAUAAAAGAUUCUAAAACUAAAGAUUUAGAAGGUGUAUAUAGAACAGCAUGUGAUGCAUGGAAAAAAGCUGCAGAGGAGUCACAUGCAAAAACGAAACAGGCAGAAGAAGAUAAAUUAUAUGCUAUUAAACAAAGAGAUGAAGCUGUUAUACAAGCUCAGAGGUUAAAACAAGAAAUAGACAGAGUUAAAGGUGGACCAUAUUUUAGAUGUUUAUCUAAAUCUAGUGAAAUAGAUACAUUAUCUAAUGUAGCCCAAUUACGUCAGAUACGACAGCAAUUACAACUAGAUUUAGAACGUGUAGAUAAGAUUAUAAGCCACCAUACAUCAUCAAAGUGCUUAGUGUGUCAAGAAAAAAAUAGAACAAUAGCUGUAUUACCCUGUAAUCAUCGUGUAAUGUGUGAAACGUGUGCACAGAGAACACGAGAAUGUCCUUUUUGUCAAGUGAAAAUACAGACAGCAUCGGUUAACUUUAAUUGCUAAUGAAGAAUUUGUUUAGUUCAUCUACUUAGCAAUUAUUAAAUAAAUUAGAAUUACUAUAUUUUAUUAUUAAUUAAGAAAUUAAUUUUUUUCAAGGUAGUAUUUACCCAUUUUCAGAGUGCUAUUUUCACCAUCGCUUUUGUUAAAACUUACAAAAUGCUAGUAUAUUGGAAAUUUUUCAUUCGUUUAUGAAGAAAAUUAAGAUGGUAAUUUUUUUCUUUUCUUUUUUGUUAAUGUUAUUACUGGAAGAAAUCAGUAAGUUAUUUUUGUCAAAAUUUGUGAUGAAUAUAUUACACAUUAUCAUUUCAUUCUGCUGUCAUAUAUAAUAUAGAGCCAAGUGCUAUUGAUGUUUAAUUUAUUAUUCAAUGAAAUAAGUUGACAAAAAUUUUGGCUGAAUUCUGAAUACAAUAAUUACCGGUAAUUUUAUAUUAAGUUAUUUAAGAUGUUAUUGUUAACACUCUGAAAUGAGGCAACAUUUUAGACAAAAUUCUUAUAUUAUAAAUUGUGCUAAUACUCACUGAAUUGAAUACUAUACAAGUUUCUUUAUCUUAGUCUUUAACAUUAUUAGAAACCUAUUGUCUCUCAUUAUAAUAGCACUGUGACCAUAUAUCGUUUAAAUCAUAAAAUAAGUUUUGAAAUUCAUUAUACUUCUAUUGGAAAUAAAACAUAUGAAGGAAUUGUCUGACCCACCUAAAUCCUACCCUUCUGAGAAGUAUUUUAGGGGUUUUGCUAGCAAGCACACAGAGUUAGUAUAUUAACAAGAGGCAAUUGUUUUUCGAAGUUCACGUUCUUAAAGUUUUUUUUCAGAAAAUAGGAAAAUAUUUUUAGUGUCUUGUUUUUCAGUCUUCUAGACAUUAAUUGCAUGUGUAUAUAAGUUUAGUUCACUAGUUAAUGCCUAUUUAUUCAGAUCUAAUUAAUGAUUUAGUUAGUACUUUCAGACAUUUACAUAAACAUUUUGUAAGAAAGCGGUUCAAAAUUGUGUGAAUUAGCACGUUUUAAUUUAUCAGUCUAUAUCCUAGUUAAAGCUUAAAGACUAUUUUAAUGAAAGCCCAUUUCUAGAUUAAAUCAUCUAAAAAUGUUGCAAUUACCAAGAUUGAUCUUAAAUGGUCUAACAUCACUUUCAACUUAAAUUAUUACCAUUUAAAGUUUACAUUGGUUUUCAAUGAUUUUAACUUGCAAUCUUUUUGUUUUAGACAAAUAAAGUUUGUGCAAUAAUAAUUCAGCAAGCCAUCCCGUUCUUCAUAAGGUUUUUGUAGAAUCCAAUUUCUUAAUUACACCAGUCUUUACAUUCAUACAGGACGAUUUUAAUAUUUUGUUGAAAAACACAUAUUUUGAAUUGGAUAUUGAAUAUGUUUUAUAGGUUUUGGUGCCCGUUAGUUUUCCAAAACUGAAUAUGACGUCAUUGGAUUCUUUUUAUUAUUAUUAUUAUAAGAUUUAUAUACCUGUAGCAAACCUUUUGUGUGUGAUAUUUAACUAGAAAUGGGCCUUUCUUUAGUUUAUUAAUGUUUUGAUUAAAAAAAAAGUCUUACCAGUGUUCUUGUGUAUAUUUUGUAGACCCGGUGCAGCUAGAAAAUACUGAACAUAUUCUAGACACCAUAUUGAACACUGCAAAAUAUUUUCCAUUUAUCUGUGCUCUUUGAGUUACUGAAGAUUGGCAAUGAAACAAGCUUGUCAGUUGGGAUGUCUAAAUAAGGCAGGUUUUGACAAGCUUAUUUCAUUUUGUAAAUCUAAAGAGAAGGGUUUUGGAAAAUUUCAAGGAAGUGGAAAAGGAAUUUAAAAUGUAUUUACUUAUGUUUUGUCCAUACACAGAUAAAUAUAUUGAAAAAGUAUACAGAGUGUGCUAUAGUAUUUCAAUAAUUUAAAAUUAUACCAGUCGCUAAUUUGUAUCGAACCUCCAAGAAUAUAGGAAAAUCCCAUUAUAUUAGCUUCCAAACUACCAUUUUAUGUAAAAUUAUAAGCGCUAGUAAAAUUUAUAAUUACACAAGUAUAGGCUUCAUUUACUAUGAGUCAGACUCUGUGAACAAGUGUAACAAAAUUGCUAAUAUCUUUUAUUAUCAAAAAUGUCUAUUAUUAUUGUUGAGAAACACACAGAGGAUUUUAUUUAUUUAAAGCCCAACAUGGAUAAUAAAAUUAACAAGUAUUGAAUUUAUCAUAAAGGGAUUGUUUGUCAAUUGAAAAUUUAAUCAGUAGGAUUGGGUGAUAAACUGUCCACAGUGCUAAUUGUUAACAGGUGUUUUAGACAUCUACAGUCUUGGAACUCCAGUCUAGUUUGAAUAACAAACAACUAGAUGUGCACAGUUUGAAGCUGUCUGAAAUUACUAAAAACAUUGUUCUAUCAAUCUUCAAGUAACUAUUAGUCAGGCCAAACCAAUUUAAUUUUAGUUCUUUGGGACUUGAUCAAUAAAUAGCCAUUUGAGAUGCGUAUCCAAUUUUUUGUUAAAAUUUCAACACUCAAAUUUUUGGAUCUAAAUGAGUUCUUUUGGUUUUUAAAUGAUUUUUUUACCCCAAGAAAUAGGAAGCAAAAUUGUUAAUAGGUGUUCCCAAAACAGAAAUUCAAAUUGGUAUGGCCUAAUGCUUGAUUUCACCUUUGACCAUUCAACAAUAUUUUUAUAUUUACUUGCCAAUCUUAUAAUCUGUACAUAUUAUAUAUCUAUGUUCUAUAUGUAUAUGCUGGUCAUAUAAUUAUUCUUCAAGAAACUUUAUUCCUGUCCAUUCUUCUUUUUUUUCCCCCACGUCUAUGCCUCAAUCACUCUGUUAUUUCUAUUUUAACCUUUUGCUAUUUCGUCUGCCUCUACAUUUUGUGAGAUCUGUAUUUGUGUAUACAUUAAAAUAGAGUUCAAAUCUAAUUUAUUUUGGUUACAGCUUAAAUAGGAUGUUUUGUAGAAUUUUGUUUUUCAUUUUCCAAUAUUUAAAAAGUUCUUCCUAGUUCUUUAAACAUUACUAAAUGAAAUGAACCAAGGAUGUCCAACAAACAAAAGCUUUAGCCAUUUAACCAAUCAGAUUUGUCAUCAGUAUUAAGUGCUAGUCAUUUUCUAAAAGUUCUUUAGAAGUAAGAUUAAUAUACAAUGUACAUUUCAUCACCCCUGAAGUAGACAUUAAAACAGUACACCCUUUGUUCUUUGAAAACCCCUUAGGUUAUUAUUAUAUAAUCUAGUUUUAUACAUGUAAUUAAAAGAUUUCAAAUUGGGUGUUUUUUCUGGGUGUAGUUAAGACAAUAGUUUUUUUCUUAAUUUUGGGGGACUUUGUUAAAGAACAAUACAAUGGAUAGUAGAUAACAAGGUGUUGUUAUGGGAUGUAUUUAAAUGUAUAUACGUAAAGUGAAUUACUGUGUACUGUAUUGUAGUGUAGUACAGUCUUACUUACUAUUUGUGAUAAAAUAAAAACAUAAAAGUAAAAAUGUACAAAUUGGAUGACUAAACUGGGUUUUGUCAAUUCCUACACUCUUUUAAAAUACAAAAAACCUUGACAAAAAAAAAGAUCAUCAUUACA